AAUUAUUUCAAUGGUCCUCACCCCCACCUGGGAGAUUUUUAAUUCAAGGCAUUCACUCUAUUCAGCUCUUCUCUUAUUUCCUAAAUCCAUGGCCAUUCCAUCCUUUCCACUUCCUCCUUCUCGCUGCUGUGGAUUGUUUAUCUUGAUGAAUAGAGCUAUUCUAGUUACGGCCUGCCAGGUCUUUUCUCUUUUCACCUCCACACAAAUCAUCAUAGAAUGUUGGAAAGCUUCAGAACAGAGCUGAGCGCUUCGGAACCUUUUAUACACAGAGACAGCAUGACAAUGUCUAUGUGUCAAGUGAUGUGGACAAUACACUGAGAGACUGUGUUUGUCACCGAUAUUUCCAACAAAAUAUGGGUCAUUUUCUAAUGCAUGGAGUGUCUUGAGUUCUAUUAUUUGAGCUGCGUAAUCACAUCCCUUCCUGAGGGGAGACCGGCCAGUGUGUGACUUGACUCCAUGUGCUGUGAGAGUGAAGAGCACAGCAAAUCACUUCAGUCUCAUCAUCAUGUCGUUUUCUACUGGGAGCACCUGGAGCUAUCGCGGCACUGCCUCUUCUAGGACCAUGAACCAGUAUAGUAGUGAGUCUAAUGGACCUGGCCCUUACAUGGGAAACAGCCGCAUGCCGCCAAUGAACUACAACCAGAGUAACAGCUUGGACAUGGCGUAUCAUCAGGGAGGCUGUAUGCCGUACAACAACCAAGGCACCUACAACAACCAGUAUAUGCCACCCAGCCAGUACCCACCAAGCAGUUAUGGCAGCUCCUAUCCAAAUCAUAUGUAUGGGCCAAUGAAUCAUCAAGCAAAUGCACCAAUGCCUAUGCCUGGGCCAGGACCGGGGCCAUAUCCAAAUUCGUGUCCACCACCUGCCAUGCAGGCUCCUCCCCCUCAAUCGAUGAACGAUAACUUAUAUCCAGCGAGUGGGAGCGAUCCUACUAUGCUGCCUCCGUAUCCGAACGGGCAACCACAGACUAUGGGUUACUUCAGUAGUAUGAUAAACAGUCCUCUUCCAGCAUCCCCGCAUCAGAUGCAGGGGAGUAGUCCAGUACCGGCACCGACACCGACACCUCCAGUCAGACUUCCAGGACAGUUUGCGUAUCCUGGUGCAUCUCCAUUACACCCACAAAGUCGGACAUCUCCGAUAAGUCCAAUGAUGGUUCGCAGCCCCGCAUCCGUUCAUAGCAAUCAUAGUAUUCCUAGUUCAAGCCCUGGACCCAUCUCCAGUCCUGUCCAGGGAGUCAAGUCACCACUUUCUAUCAAUUCCAGUGGUAUGAUGUCUCCAAAUAGUAAUCAGUCGUUGCGGUCACCCAAUCAACCAAUGAGAUCUCCACAUGCAAAUCAUCCAUUAAAUUCACCCAAUCAUAUGAAUCAAUCCAUGACGCCAUCACCACAAACACAUGCCAUGAUGUCACCAAAUCACCAGGGUCACUUUUCACCACCGGCGUCUGUGACGCCCGGCGGUAUGACUAUGAGUUCAUCUUCCAAUACAUCCCAUAGUAACGGUCCACUACAAUCUUUACAAAAAUUAGUCAUGCAGCCGGAAAAGCGUGUUGUCGAUCCCAAAAGUGUUGUGGGGGACAAUGGACUAGAUGGGGGAACACGAUGUUUAGAUGGUCGACAUUGUAGCACAGACAGUGAAAUGAACAACAUUGAUAUGUGUGGUCGAAAUGAACUAGGCGAGGCCGAGUGUCGUCCAUCACAUAUUCCUCCAGGUCAGGAGAGUGUCCAUGACAAAAUGAUGAAAAUAGAACAGUAUUCUCCAGGAAGAUUUUCCAAUAGGUGUUCAGAAAGUAGUGGUUCGCCAAGGCGAUUGUCUGAAGACUGUCAUAUGAGGAGUCCGCAGAGGUUAGUUGGGCGGCGCAAAUCUGACCGUAUGUCGACAGGUAGCCAUCCUGAUUCACGGCACAGUGUUGAGGGGGAGAGCGAUAGGGAAUCGGCUGGGCGGAGUCGGAAAAAUUCUGGACGAUCCUUAUGUGGGGAGAUUGACGUGACGAAUCCGGCUCCGCAGAUAAAAAGUGAUUGUCCGGAUGGGCCUUCAGAACAUGAAUCUGCAGUGACGCAGCGGACUAAUUCUGAUUCUGAGGAAGUCAUUGUGGAUUCACCGAUGGUGAAAGUGGAAAUUGACGAUCCUAACACGCCCAUUCCUGGCGGUAGUGGUGAAACGCCAAAAAAGAAACGUGGUCGACCUUUUGGGAGUAAAACUAAGGUUAGAAAAGACACAAAGGAAAAAGAUAAGGAGGCAGUGAAAGGUAAAAAGGGUAGGCAGAAAAAACUAAUACCGCCUGAUAGCGUUGAGAAAAAGCCAUUUGUGGGUCCAACUUUGAAACUUGAUGGUCCAAAAGACAAACCUACUUGGACUAUUGUGAACCACCGACAAACUGAGUAUGAGAAAGUUGAAAAUAAAAAGAAACAAUCUCGCCCAGAGAAAAAAGAACGGAGUGUUUCACAGGCACUGUUACCAGAUAUGCCAUUAACUAAUGCACCGUGGGUAUGCUGCUUCUGUGGGCGAGGAAGCACAUACCAAAGACUAGGUGAUUUAUUUGGACCUUAUUUCAUCGAAGGAUUUAAACCACCUGUAGUCAGAUCUGAAAAACGCAUCACCUCACCAAAGAUUUCAGGCCCAGUACGACCAAAGAAACGAAAGUCCUGGGAGGAUGACGACAGUGAAAUCUUCCUUUAUGACCAUCCUAAGCAGAAAAAGAAGAGAGCUUCCACGGACGGUAAAAGUCCUAAAGACUCUGAUAAGAAAGGAGGUAGCACGAGUUCUGGUGCUAAGGACAGUAAGCCUGACUCUGGUGAAGCUUGGGUGCAUGAGGAAUGUGCUGCAUGGGCUCAAGGUGUCUACAUGGUCGGGAGCAAGCUGCAGGGACUAGCAGAGGCAGCCAAGAUAGCAAUUCAAACAACUUGUUCAGGCUGCAAGAACCAUGGUGCUUCUAUCGGUUGCUUACAAAAAGGCUGCAACCAGAAAUACCACUAUCUCUGUGCUGUCGAUAAAGAUUGCCUGAUGAAUGAAGAUAAUUUCUCCCUCUUUUGUCCAAAGCACAAGAAUAAGAAGAUCAAAAUGAUUGGAUCUUUUGAAAAGGGAACCUGAUCAAAGGGCUAAAUGUCACGGAAUAUUGCAUUUGGCAGGAGAGAUCUUGCUCUGGGCGUUAGCAAUUGGUGAACGAACCGGGAGAUAGACAUGAUACUGCUUAGACAAUAACCCAGUUACAGGCUUGGAGAGAUUCUCCAGUAAUCGUUCCUACCCGCACUGAUGAGACAUAUCAAGGGGAUACUUCAUUCUCACCUUGGUUUCUAGAACUUCAUGUAUAGCUUGGGUAUCAUGUGUGUUGCGAAAGAGAUUCCCAAAUGGACUUUCUGAUGUUUUUUGCACAUAAGAAUAUUUCCCCUCUGGUCUCUUUUGAUCACUAAGAUAUUUGAAGGACUCGCCAAUGUGUCAUACUUUAGCUUCCAAUCAACAAUCUGUUUAAGAUAACUUUUUGUAGUCCUAAUGAACUGAUUUAGAAGCUUCAUGUUAUUACAGUGCCAUGUUCUAAACAACAACAGAAAAAUAGGCAACCAGCUAAACUUCAUAUUUGUGGUACGAUGCUGUUUAAAACGACAUGAUACAUGAAUAUGAUACACUGUCGGACUCCUCGUGUAUAGAUUGUUUUUUGGUUAUUUUUUUGGUGUUACCAAGACAUCUUGGCUUUAGUUUAAGUUUGUUGACUUUUCUGAAAGUUUUAAAUGAAUUGAACGUAAUAGGAGAACAGACAAGUUUCUUAUCCGAAAUGUUAUGAGUUUAAGCAUUCAACCUCGUCAUCAAGAUUUCAUCGAAAUGCAUGAGGUAUGCCGCUUUGGCUGCAUUAUCAUUUGGUCAGUGGCUGCUAAUGGCUUUUGUAAUGAAAUUUGCAGAACGCACUUCUGACAAUUCACUCGAAAUCCAGGACGAGCUGUUGAGCACUAAGUCUAACUCUAUCAACUGUCUAUCUCUCAAUCAUUGUGUGCUGUUCUUGACCAGAAGUUGCACUGAGAAGAAACCUGUAUGUUUAUCCCGUGAAUGUAUUUGUAUAGUUUAUCAAGUGCUGGAGCUAGGUUGUUCGGACAUCAUUGGUACUAAAAUGAAAUUGAUAACAUACCAGUAAUUUUGAUCAACAUGGCUCUGUAUGAUAGAUUCUUGCUACGAAGACUAUGAACUAAAACUUGUAAAAAAAUAUCCUAAAACUUUUAGAAAUAUGGUCAUGUGGCUGUGUAGAAUAUCCUGAUGUGUUCAAACAAGACUGUAUCUCAGUUCCGUGUUCAAACAAGACUUAAGCUCAGUACUGAGUUCAAACUAGUCUCUCAGUUCCACGUUCAAAUGUCACUGUGUCUUAUUUCCAUAUUCAAACAAGUUUGUAGCUCAAUUCCAUGUUCAAACCAGACCAAGUCUCAGUUCUAGCUCAGUUUCCCGUUCAGGUUUGGUUAAGAGUAAGGGUGGCUUCCUGCGAGAAGCAGAAUAUGAUGAAUUUUGUUUGUUAAUUUCCUGAUGAAUUUUAUGAGGCGGCAUGGAUUUCAGGAUGUAUCAUAUUUGCAGUAUUCCCUGUCAUGUAACAAGUCAUGUCUUGUGCCACUGAAGAGUGAAAGGUUCUCCUCUUGUCAUAUGGUUGAUCAACAAUGGCAUGCAUGAAGCCUCAUCUCACUGAAUAAACCAAUCAGUAGCAUCGAAGGGAAUGUAUAUGUGGGGUUGGUUUAUUUCUGUCACUGGCCGUCAUGAUGCAUGAAAUGACGAACAUAUGCAGUGAUAUGAAUAAAGACCAGCAAAUGCUUUUACUUUUUAAAAAAAUCAUUUACAUUUACACUUGGCAUUUCUAUACAAAAUUCAAGAAAAAGCUUUUGCUGGUCUUUAUUCAUAUCACUUGUGGUCUGUGGCCAGAUUCUUGGGUCAAUUUUGUCUCAUCUCUUUUGCCGCAAAAUUUUGUGGUUGCGGAGCCAACCUACCUCUUACCAACUGGUUUGGUAUGUUAGGAUGUAGGAGGGGGAAUCUUAUUACAGUUGUGUAGAGAAAUUGCUUCAAUGAAAUCUCCUUGUUUUUCUACACAACAUUUGUGCCAAUGGUUUGAGCAGAAGAUGAGAGGAGAAUCUUUCAUUGCUAUCCUGUGUUUUAUAAUCUACAUAAACUGUAUAUCCUUAACCUGUAGAAGAUAGUAGAUUCAUGGUCUUAUAAACUGUACAGAUUUAGAGAUUUCAAUGUCAAAUGUCACUUAUGAAAUUGUUAAGUGUCUGUGUUAAACUUACAUGUUUUCUGAUCAGUGCGUCAGAUGAACGUCAGUCUAUAAUACAGAAGUAGAUUAUUUUUUCAAUUUUUGUAUGUGCAUUAGAUCUACGUUUUGUUCACUGCCAGGUGAUGCAGUGUUAACACUUUGUCCAGAAUACCAGAAAGUAAAGCUUUUUCUAAUUCA